CUCGGUUCUUGCGCGACUCCUUUAACGCGUUGCUUUCGCGGCCAUUCACUGCAAACCAACAUAGUUCUGUUCGCGACCACAUCUUAUCGUCAAGUCCGCCUAUACACAACGCAACUCUUCCGACGCGCUUCUUUCUCCAUCGCAAUGCCUCCCAGAUUGACACAGCCGAGCGCACCUCAUUACGAUCAGUACUGGCGACUGAACGCUCACCAGACCACUUCCAAACACACACUACUGGCCGAUCUCCAGGCAAGAGGUCUCCUCUUCAGUGGCGAUGUGCGCAAGUCCGAGUUAGUGGAAGUGCAGCAACGACUCGACCGCGGCCUCUUGCACUAUGACGACGAGCGCGUUACCGAUGCAGAACUACUUCGCUUCAUUCAAGAUCGUGGACUUACCCAGCCAGUGAUCUCAACGCGCAAGGCGAUGAUUUCCGUUCUCAUGGGCGCAGAUGAAGUUCAACAGUCCGACAGAUUCGAAGACCUCCCACCCGAAUUGCGCGAGCGGAUCCAUCAAUUCCACAUCAGCUCGCUGCCGCAGAGACUGUUCUGUCCCACGCAACCUCCUGUCACAAGGGUUUGCAAGCUCUUUCGGAAGGAGGCACUCCCGGUGUUUCACAAGUUGGUGACCUUCGAGCUGAGGUUUUAUCUCAUCACUGACCGAUACCGGCUGGGCGAUGACAUUUCGAAAGCGCAAUUGCGACCUUGUUUUCAGACGUCUCAGUUCCUGGAAACGUUACGAACGAGCGACGAAACAGAAGCUCGACUCGAGAACGUCGUCGUAUAUGUAAUGGAGGGGUCCAUGCGAGACAUGUUGUUGAGCACCGGCAACGUUCUGGUCGAGUGUGAGUACAGGAAUGUUAAGAGCACCAUCGGGUACAAACGCCAGGCUAUCCCGCGCAGGCGUCGCAUGGACUUGAAGUCAAAUCACCUGCACGAGCUUGAAAAUUUCAAUCAGAGCAGCUUCGUGAAGGAAACGACAUUCAGCUUGCAUGAUAUUUACAAGCUGCGCAAGAUGUGGGAGGCAGUUUUCUUAUCGACGUACCAGAAGUUCGGCGACUGGCGUUAGCUACCUUGAUUCGACAACUGCCUGUGCAGACUUCAACGAGACGACAGGGCAAUAUGAGCACAUGUGAUGUGGGUUAACAUGAGCUCUGGAGUCGCAAUGUGUGCAACAAUCAAGACUGAGUAGUACCUUCGCUUGGCCACACUUCAUUGGCGAUGUUGCGACCAGUGGAGGAUAUGUGGAAUUGGCUUUUACGAUUGCAAUCAUGGCCAGUUUGAGGGGGAAAUGUCUUGAGAAUGGAGUGAAGUAGCGAUAGUCCACAAGCCGGAAUCAGGUCCACAGGUCAGGUAGUCUUGGCUGCAUGCUCGAUCACAUCUCAAGUUUUUGGUGGAGCUCCACGUCUUCACCUCGGCGCGAGCUGCAACACGCCAAACU